GACACGUACCUAUCUUGUUUUUUAGUUUUUUUAUGGAAAAAAAACGAAUUUAUUUGUGAGUUUCAAAAAGAGUCCGAGGACUCCUAUUCUGCCUAUUGGGAAAAGGUUUUCCUGAUCUGGGCAAGGCUCCAUUUUCAUUCACCAGCUUCAAAGUUCCGACACAGUUUACAUUCCUAGGAACUCCGCCGCCGCCUAAACAUGUUCCGCAACCUGCGGUCGCGGCGGCGUCCGCGAUACGGAGCUCAACUCUGUGCUCUAGCCGCUGCAGUUUUCCUCCUUCUCUCUGUCUCCCUUCUCUACACUCGCCUCAAUUUCUUCCACUCACACCACCCGCGUUCAUAUGCCAGCCACUACGACGCCGAUUUAAUCAACAACCCUCUCAUAGACGACCUCGCUGAUCCUGAUUUCCGUUCCUCCUCUUCCGAGGACCGCAUUGACGAACUUGAUGACGCAGUUCAGCUCACCGUGAAAGAAGAAGAAAAUCCCGAGGCCGAUGAAGAAGAAGGGGAUGAGAUCAAUCAGAAUUCGAAAGUCUCAUCUCGAACAUACUUUUACGACCAUCAACUUGGCGUGGUUAGGAGGGCCUUUAACAUGCGGUCGAUUGAGGAAUGGGAAGAUUAUGUAAACUUUGAAUCGAGCUUGAAGAUAGGGUUUGGGUAUGGGAGGGAUGAAUCUAAGGAUGCCAUUGCCUCGGAUGAUUUGCCAGUCGAUGAGAAGGUGAGGAAGAAAUUGAGUGAAGUAAGGAACAUUGAGGAUGCACUGUUAUUGAAGGGCUCGCCCUUGAGGGAAGGUUGGGAAGACUGGUUUGAUAAGAAAAGCGAUUUCUUGAGGAGGGAUCGCAUGUUUCGGUCAAAUUUGGAAAGCUUGAACCCGAAUAAUAAUCCGAUGCUACAGGAUCCAGAUGGAUCCGGAGUGACUGGAUUGACUAGAGGGGAUAGGCUGAUGCUCAAAGGAUUGAUGAAUGAGUUUAAAAACGUUCCGUUCUUGAUUAAAAAUCCUCUAGUGGUCUCCGAUUCAGAUAAAUCUAGAUCAGCAGAAAAUGAUGUACUGGGUACUCAUAACAUAGUGAAAGCCGUCGUAAACAAUGAUUUGAGAACGAAUACCUUGCUUUCUGAAUCAGAAUUAAUUAGAAGGAAAGAAGAUAUCGUGAGUAAGGGUAGGGAUAUUGAAAUUAAUGCAGGGAGUAGUGAAAUCUUGAGAGCUGAGGGGAGGAGUUUAAAAGAUAACAGUCACUUACAUAUUGAAAGGUUUGGGGAUGGUAAUGCUGGCAGCUCAUCAAAUAAGAGGGAUGGAGAGAUUGAUGUGAAUGGGGGAAGCAAUGUGAAAAUUAUGGAAGAAAGUACUUCUGUGAGAAGUGAGGUAAAUGACCAAGUUUAUGCUGAUGGGAAGAGAUGGGGCUAUUUUCCAGGAUUACAUCCAAGGCUCUCUUUCAUGAAUUUUAUGGAUUUGUUUUUCAGGAAGGGGAAAUGCAAUAGCAGGGUUUUUAUGGUGUGGAAUUCACCACCAUGGAUGUUUAGUAUUCGUCACCAGAGGGGACUGGAGAGCCUUCUUUACCAUCUUCCAGAUGCUUGUGUGGUUGUGUUCUCAGAGACACUUGAGCUUAAUUUCUUCAGUGGUUUUGUGAAGGAUGGGUAUAAAGUAGCUGUUGUUAUGCCCAACCUUGAUAAACUGCUGGAAGAUACACCAACUCAUUUAUUUGCCUCAAUCUGGCAUGAGUGGAAGAAGACAAAAUAUUAUUCAAGACAUUACAGUGAGCUCAUCAGGCUUGCAGCUCUCUACAAGUAUGGUGGGGUCUAUAUUGACUCAGACAUCAUAGUGGUGAAUCAACUUUCCUCACUGAAUAAUACUAUUGGAAUGGACGAAGAGAGUGGCGAUAAAACUUUGAAUGGUGCUGUGAUGGCCUUCAGAAAGCAUAGCCCCUUUAUAAUGGAGUGCUUGAAAGAGUUCUACUCAUCAUAUGAUGAAUCACAAUUGAGGUGGAAUGGAGCUGAGCUUUUGACAAGAGUUGCUGGUAACUUUUCGAGCAAUGAAAAUGUCUCAACCAAUAAUAUGGAGCUUAAAUUGCAACCUUCCUUUCUUUUCUUCCCAAUAAGUCGUCUCAACAUUCUGAGAUACUUCACUGCACCGGUUACAGAUACCGAAAGGUCGGAACAAGAUGCUCUCUUUGAAAAAAUCCUUCACGAGUCUCUCACAUUUCACUUGUGGGAUAGCAUUACCUCAGCUACUGUUCCCGAGCCUGAUAGCCUCGCCGCACGGAUUUUAAAUCGUCAUUGCCUCCGCUGCUCUGAAAACUUGUAAGGUGCAAACAAUUUUUUUUUUCUGAAUGGGAUUUGGCAGAACCUUCUGUCAUUGGACUGCUACAUCCAUACCGUGAAACAAGAGACAUGAGGAGCUGGUGGUUGGUUGAUGGUUAAGCUGCACAGUUGAAAAUUUCCAUCUUUUUUGGGGUUUUGGCAAAGCUGGUGAGAAAGAAAUAUGAACUUCCUUCCGAUUGUUACAUGGGAUUUGAGAGUGAGUACCUCAUUAUGUAAUUAAGGAUUGCUUGAAAUUAAAUUGGAAAAGAAUUG